UCAGUGCUUAGAUUUCCUUUCCCCUCCUCCCAUCUUCAAUUCAAACUCUUCUGCACUGGUAGCCGUUGAAUGGUGCUCUCCUACUCCUACUUACUUUUCACCAAACCUUUGAAGGUUAGCUGCCGCCAUGCGCAUUCUUUCCUUACUCCACCACCACCGCCGCCUCCGCCGCCUCCGCCGCCGGCACAUUCACCAUCUUCACAACUAUGCUAGACCUCUCACCACCUUCACCGUCCCACUCUCUCACCCAGCUUACAUUAUAUGGGGCUCCAACACCUCCCUCGGCAAAACCCUCCUCUCUACCGGUCUCGCUUCUUCUUUCCUCCUUUCCUCUCAACCCAAUGCAAAAUUCAUCUACCUCAAACCUCUCCAAACUGGAUUCCCCUUGGAUUCUGACUCCCGUUAUCUCUUCAAUAAGCUCUCUGUUAUCUCCGCCCGCCGUGGCCUUCCGCUCCUAUCUUCGCAUUCUGUCCUCCUCUCCUCCCUCCCCGCUGCUAAAUCCUUCCUUCCCCACAAAUUCACUUCAAAUGAAUCAUUGGGUAUGUGCGAAUUGAAGUUUCGCGAGGAGGAUAAAGUAUUGGAUGGGGUUGCUUCCGAGCUUGUCUGCGAGACGCUGUACGCAUGGGAGGGUGCAGUGUCUCCACAUUUGGCGGUGGAAAGAGAGGGUGGCUUUGUGGAGGAUUCUGAAGUGGUUGGGAUGGUAGAGAGACGUUUGAGGGAGAAGAUGGAAUGUUUUGAGACGGGAAAGGUGGAAGCUUUAUGCGUGAUCGAGACUGCAGGAGGAAUUGCAAGUCCUGGGCCCUCAGGAACACUUCAGUGUGAUCUUUACCGGCCUUUACGCUUACCUGGCAUUCUUGUUGGGGAUGGGCGGCUUGGUGGUAUUUCUGGAACUAUUUCUGCUUAUGAGAGUUUGAAAGUUCGAGGUUAUGAUGUUGCUGCUGUUGUUUUUGAAGAUCAUGGCCUUGCCAAUGAGGUUCCACUCAUGUCAUAUUUGCGAAAUAGGGUGCCAGUGCUCGUGCUGCCGCCAAUUCCACAAGAUCCAUCAAACGAUCUGACAGAAUGGUUUGAUGAGUGCUGCCCUGUAUUUAAUUAUUUGAAGGAUAUAAUGCUCCAAACUUAUUCUGAAAGAAUACAAAGAUUGAAUGAGAUGCCAAGGAAGGCAGGACAUGUUUUCUGGUGGCCAUUUACUCAACACACACUUGUCCCAGAAGGCACAGUUACAGUAAUUGAUUCCCGUUCUGGUGAAAACUUUGCAGUCUAUAAGGAUAAUGGAUUCAUAACUCAACAAUUUGAUGCAUGUGCAAGUUGGUGGACUCAAGGACCAGAUGCUACUUUCCAGACUGAGCUUGCAAGAGACAUGGGUUAUGCUGCUGCUAGAUUUGGGCAUGUGAUGUUCCCUGAGAAUGUCUACGAACCUGCUUUGGAAUGUGCAGAGCUUUUACUUGAAGGAGUGGGGGAAGGUUGGGCUUCUCGUGUGUUCUUUUCUGAUAGUGGUUCUACAGCAACUGAAAUUGCUCUCAAGAUGGCAUUUCGUAAAUAUUCUUCUGAUCAUGGAAUCCUUUUAGAUUUAAUCAGGGGUAACACAAAUGAAAGAUGUAUCAAGCUAAAGGUCCUAGCUCUUAAAGGAUCUUAUCAUGGUGAUACAUUGGGUGCUAUGGAGGCACAAGCGCCAUCACCUUAUACAGGUUUUCUACAGCAGCCAUGGUAUACUGGUAGAGGCCUUUUUCUGGAUCCUCCAACAGUAUUCAUGUGCAAUGGUGAAUGGAAUCUUUCAUUGCCUGAGGCCUUCCAUUCAGAAGCUUUGAAAUUGGAUGAUUUGACCUUUAGGUCACGCGAUGAAAUUUUUGUCAGGAACAGGGACACGUCAAAUCUUGCUGCCAUGUAUUCAUCAUAUAUAUCACAUCAAAUAUCCCGAAGUUCUGACCAAAUUGGAGCCUUGAUUAUGGAACCAGUUAUACAUGGUGCUGGAGGAAUGCACAUGGUUGAUCCACUUUUCCAGAGAGUACUUGUUAAUGAGUGCCGACAUCAAAAGAUUCCAGUUAUUUUUGAUGAGGUUUUUACUGGUUUCUGGCGCUUGGGUGUAGAGACUGCAUCAGAGCUACUUGGUGUACUGCCAGAUAUAGCCUGCUUUGGGAAGCUGAUGACUGGUGGGUUGAUACCAUUAGCUGCUACACUGGCAACUGAGGCUGUUUUUGAUUCAUUUGCUGGAGACUCGAAGCUUAAUGCCCUUCUACAUGGACACUCAUAUUCUGCCCAUGCCAUGGGUUGCUCAGCAGCUGCCAAGUCCAUUAAAUGGUUUAAAGAUCCAGAGACAAACCUUAACAUCAGCUUUGAAGAAUCUGGGAAAAUGCUGCUUAAGGAGGUAUAUGAAAUUAAUUUGUGGGAUGAAGAACUGGUGCAAGAGAUCUCGUCACUCCCUUCUGUUCAUAGAGUGGUAGUACUAGGAACUCUCUUUGCCCUAGAACUACAAGUAGAUGGUGCUAAUGCUGGGUAUUUUUUCCACAACUCCUUUUAUACUCUCUCCUAUAUGUAUGCAUCACUAUGCGCAAGGUCUCUGCUUCAGGCGCUGCGCGAAGAUGGCAUUUACAUGAGACCCUUGGGAAAUGUCAUAUAUCUCAUGUGUGGACCGUGUACAUCUCCUGAGAGCUGCCGCCAAUUACUCAUCAAACUCUAUGGGAGGCUUGCAGAGUUCAGCCAAGUCAAAGAAAUAUCAGAAUCCUGCCAGUUAUGAAUAUCAGUAGAUGGGUAUUAGCCAACAUCUUUUUUUCAUGUAUUUUCUUCAUAGUUUUGUAGUAUCAACCUUCCAUGUGGGUGUCCCAUUUGUAGCAGAUAUUGUGUUUUGAAUUUUGAUAAUUGAAGUGUCAUUUUCACCUU